AUGAAGAGAAAGCAUCCAGAACAUGAACAUCAACGAAUAACGAAGAGAUCACGACGGCAGCCACCACCAACCAGACAAGAAAGAGCGAACUCUUCAUCCCCUACAGCUAUCUCGGUGACAGGCAGUCUAGAUGGCUUAUCACCACAUUCGGCACAUUCUGCACACUCGAGUGAGGGAGGCGAAAUAGAGAUGAACAACACAUUGUGGCAUUUCGAUCCCGAACACCACAAGGAGCACAUACACCCCACAGCGAGCACGGCUUCGACAACUGGGGUGAAGGGUGCUCAGAUGAACCCAGCCCCACUGACACCACAGCCGUCGAUGGGCGAUUCAAUCCUCAUUGAUCAGAUUGUUCAAGAUGCCACGGAUCUCGAACGCAAUUUAUUGAUGGGGACAGCCUUUUUCAAACCGACGAAUUCUUUUGAUACACAACUGCACCCGACGCAAUCCGCCCUGAUUAACUCAAAUUUGACCGAAUACAACAUCCAUCAACAAAUCCAACCCAUCGCCGAUAGGUUUUCACCUAAUGACAUACCCCAGCUCCAGGAUGAUUGGUUUCCAACACCCUUACAGAUAAGUAGGGGAUGCGCUCUAUUCUUUGCCAAUGUAUCUCACUUCCUCCCUUUUCUCCACCGACCGACCUUUGAUCCCACACAAACGGCCCCCCACCUGGUCCUCGGCAUUCUUUCUCUUGCCUAUCAACAUGGCGAGGACCCGGAAUGCGAUGACCAAGAAGGAUCAGGUGAAGGUCUUGCUAUGCGUUGCUUCCAUCAAGCCCGUGCUACCAUUGCUUCUGAUGAAAUAAGACCAGACGCUCUGUCGCAAAACACCUCCAUGGUCCAAUCAUACCUUCUCCUUCAAAUCUGUGCCAUGAUGUAUCUUUGUGGUGACAACUCAGCCUCCGGUUUGAAAAUGCAUACCCACAUGAUUUCACUUGCUCGUGCUGGCAGAAUGACCCAGCCACUAUCAGUCGAAACCGGUGCGACCGCAGACUUGGAAUCCUUGUGGUGGGAAUUCGUGAAAGCCGAGUCACACAAACGAACACUUUUCGCCGUGCAUCAGAUCGAUGCACUGUGGUAUCAGUUCCUCUCUAUCCCCCGCUCAAUCUCUCACCUUGAGAUCAAACAUGGUCUCCCCUGCCCAGAGGACCAGUGGACGGCAUCAUCAUCCGCCGAAUGGGCACAUCGGCAGCUAGUCACGAGGAGCUCCGGUCCCUCGGUGCAAUACAUGGAUGCUGUCCGACGCUUCCUCUCUUCAGACCCUGGUCUCAAUACCAUUCCCCCCUUUGACCCAUACGGUGCCAUAAACAUCGCUCAAUUCCUCAUUUCCAGCGCUCGCGAAAUUUCGGGUUGGUCAACCAUGACAGGAAUGCUGAGCAUGGAGCGAUUUAGCGCCUUGCGCUCAUCACUUGUCGCGCUCAGCCCUUUCAUCAAUCCACAAUCCGACGAACCAGCAACAAAACAUACGAUUUCCUGCUCCGCGACCUGGGAGACUGCAAUGAUCGAGCUGCAGAUGUGGUCCCCCUCACAUACCGGUGGAAUUGUCGAGGGAAGCAUCGAUGCUGUUCUGACACAGUCCACAUACUUGGCGCCUUCUUCGCAGUUCCUAUGUGACCACAAUACUGCCAAGGCCAUACAGCCCCAUGUCAAUUGGUUCCUGCGGUACCUUGAGGAGACGGUUAAUCCAGAUUCUGAGGCACCAUGGGUUGCUUUGUAUGCAUACAAGGCGUUUUUGAUUGCCUGGCAGCUCAUCCACGGGGGACUACCCGGAGCGAUGGAGGUUGUCGGUGUUCAGGAUGGCGACGUAGACAGUGCCUUGUUGUGGGCAAGAAGAGUCUUCCAGCGCAGGCAGAAGUGGCAGCUUGGCAAGCUGAUUCUCUCAUGCUUGGACGAGUUAGGUAAAUGA